UUGAUUGAUUGAUUGAUUGAUUAAGAAAAAAAGAUUCGAACCAUUAAACGAUGAAAACCGUGGCUGGAUCCUGGAGUUGUCCAGGGAAUGGUGGUGGUGGUGGGAUUGCCGGCUGGUGGCGAGUGGCAUCGGCUCGGCUGCUGCUGUUGCGGUCGCUGUUGUUGCUGACGCUGAUGCUGACAGCUCCCGGAGCCGCGGCUCGGCACAGAGCCGACCCGGACCUGGACCCGAACCUGGACCUGAACAGCCUGGAGCUGCUGUACGGACUCCAAGCCUCGUAUGGGCAGCCGUCAUCCUCCGAGGACGCCAUCCUCCUGGCCAACAGCGGGGUCAGGGUCCCCUUCGGCAGGUCUGUGUCCAUCGACCCUGUGGAUGACCUGGUCAUCCAGGUGCACCCGGGCGACAAGUGCACGGUCACGGUGCUGGACAACGACCCGCUGUCGCAGAGGCCGGGCCGGCUCAGCCCCAAGAAGUUCCCGUGCGACUUCGGCCCCGGGGAGGUCACUUACUCUCACCUGGGCUCCCGCAGCCCGAGCCGGGACCGCGUGCGGCUGCAGCUGAGGUACGACACACCGGCGGCCACUGCCGUCAUCCCCUUCGUGCUGCGGGUGCAGGUGGUCUUCACGCAGCUGGAGAUCGUCACCCGCAACGUGCCGCUUGCCGUGGAGCGCCUGCGGGGCACCAGCAACCCACUGGACGGCAGGGUGCUGGAGUUCGCCUACGACCCCGCCUCGCAGGUGUGCAGCGCGGGCGUGCUGGCCGGAGUCGGAGGGUUGCCGCGCUACGGGAGGCUGGUGCGGGGUCAGGAGUCCGAGGCCUGGCCCGAGCCCGGGCUGAUGGUGGACUGCCAGCGCUUCCUCUCCCUGGGCAUCCGCUAUCGGCACUCGGCCCCCGGCAGGUCCCCCAACCGCGACCACGUCCCCUUGGUGGCCGAGCUGCACAGCCUGGACGGCCGCCUGCUCAAGCAGGAGCACUUCCAGAGCCUGGUGCGCAUCCGAGAGGGCGAGGAGAACACGGCCCCCAAGCCCAGCUUCGUGUCCAUGAUGAUGAUGGAGGUGGACCAGUUUGUCAUGACCGCGCUCACCCCUGACAUGCUGGCGGCCGAGGAUGCGGAGAGCGACCCGGGCGAUUUGAUCUUCAAUGUCACCUCGCCUCUGGGCCACCAGCAGGGCUAUCUGGUCAGCACCGACGACCGGCACCUGCCCAUCGCCUCCUUCCACCAACAGGACCUCAGGGACCUGAAGAUCGCCUACAAGCCGCCGGCAGUGGACUCCGAUGUGGAGAGGAUCUUCCAAAUCGAGUUUGAGGUGGUGGACACCGAGGGUGCCGUGUCCGACCCCUUCGCCUUCAUGAUCGUGGUGAAGCCCAUGAACACACUGGCCCCCGUCGUGACCCACAACACGGGACAGUUACUGUACGAGGGUCAGUCCAGGCCGCUGUCCAGCGGACAGAACCUGGAGAUCAGCGACGAGGACAACCUGGAGCAGGUGAGGAUCACGGUGGUGGACGGGCUCAGGCACGGCGACCUGAGUGUGCUGGGAGCCCGCAGGAAAUUCUUCACUCCGGCCGACCUGGACUCGGGCAUCGUGGUUUACCAGCACGACGGCAGCGACACGUACAGCGACAACAUCAUAUUCCGCAUGACGGACGGCACGCACGCGGUCGAGUUCCUCUUCCCCAUUACUGUCGUGCCCACCGACGACGAGCCCCCCAUCGUGAACGCCAACACCGGGCUGGUGCUGGCCAAGAACCAGAUGCUCGCCAUCUCGCCCUUCGUGCUCAGCGCCACCGACAUCGACUCCGAAGACUCCACCAUCGUGUUCACCCUCGAGCCGCCCCUCUCCGCCCUCGGAGAGCUGGUGCUCCGGCAACUGGAGCGGCCGGACGAUCCUUUCUCCUGGAGGUUCGUCGAAAGCGAAGGGGUCUUCGAAAAAGUGGUGACUGAAUGGUUCCAGCAGGACAUUUUCGAUGGGAAGCUGUUCUACCGACACAUCGGACCUCACAGCACCACCACUGUCAUGGACCAGUUUGUGUUCCGGGUUCAGGACGAUAACGAUCCCCCCAACCAAUCUGGAGAACACACUUUCAUCGUCAAAAUCCAGCCAGUGGAUGACAUCCCCCCGGAAAUGUUCCCAGGCACCACGCUGCAGAUAAUAGUGGAGGAGUAUCAUUUGACGCACUUUCGGAAGAAAUGCCUUCGUUUUACCGACCUGGAUUCGGACGACCGGGACCUGAAAUACACCAUCACAAAGCCUCCCACCAACACCGAUGAAAACAACCCGGUGCUGAUGGGUAACAUAGUGUUAACGGAAAGUCCGGACACUUUGGUCGUGGAGUUUACUCAGGCUCAAGUCAAUCACCACAAAAUUGCCUACAGACCCCCAGACUUGGAGCUUGGAAUCACUGCUCACGUGGUCCAGUUCGACUUCACCGUGGAGGACACCAACGGCAACAGCGCCGAGGGCACGUUUACGAUCUUCCUGCAGCCGGUGGAUAACAAACCGCCUCAAAUAACCAACACCGGCUUCACCAUGUUCGAAAGAGCCACUUACGUCAUCACAAGCGCCGAGCUGGACGCCACUGAUGCAGACACGAUGGGAUCCCAGAUCACAUUUACACUUUCUCAGGUCCCAGCACACGGCUACCUGCGAUACGAAGGCAUCGAUAUCGCUGGGGCCGAGGUGUUCACUUUGGAUGAUGUAGCUAAUGGCAAAAUAGCCUACGUGCACAACGGUGAUGAGUCCACGGGUGAUUCUUUACAACUUGACGUAAGCGAUGGAGUUCAUAUAGUCACCAUCACGGUGAGGGUAACAGUACGGCCCGUCGAUGAUGAAGUACCGACCAUUAUGCUACCCGCUGGGACAAUUGGGUCCUACUUGGACGUGCUGGAAAACGGAGCCACUGAGGUCACAACUAACGUAAUUCAGGGAACGGAUGAAGACACGGAUGACCUUCGAUUGACUUUUAUUGUGGAGGAUAAUCCCAAAUUGGGCGAGAUCUUGGUUAAUGGGAUCCCCGCUGAACGCUUCACGCAGCAGGACAUUAUCAGUGGCGUCGUGGUCUACGCUCACACAAGCGGCGAGAUAGGACUGCAGAGAAAGGAGGAUUCCUUCAACCUGACCCUGUCCGACAUGUCGGAUGAGUGGAACAUUGGGGGCAACAAAGUGCAAGGCGUUCGUGUGCAAGUGACUAUUCUUCCUGUUGACAGCCAGGCACCAGAGGUCACUGUGGGAGAGCAGUUCACUGUCGUGGAGGGUGACAAAAAUACAAUCACACUAGAGCACAUGAACGCCGACGACUUUGACACCCCCGAAGACGACAUCCUCUGCACCAUCAUCGUCCAACCCACCUCUGGCUACGUGGAGAACAUUUCUCCGGCUCCUGGCUCCGAGAAGUCGCGUGCAGGGACAGCGGUCAGUGCCUUCACCCUGAAGGACGUGAGACUGGGACACAUGAACUACGUGCAGAGCAUCCACAGGUCAGUGGAGCCAGUUGAGGAUCGCUUCACCUUUCGCUGCUCGGACGGGAUCAAUUUCUCCCGGAGGCACUUUUUCUCCAUUAUCAUCAUCCCCGCGAACGACGAGACUCCAGAGGUGUUCAUGAGAGAGUUCGUGGUGAUGGAGGGAAUGAGCCUGGUGAUUGACACGCCGAUUCUGAACGCGGUCGAUGGGGACGUACCUGCCGACCAGCUGACCUUCUCGAUCAUCAAGCCCCCGAAACACGGCCAGAUCGUCAACCAGCUGACCACCGGCACCGUCCUGGUAAACAGCUUCACCCUGGAGCAGAUCAGGGAGGGCUCAAGCAUCAUUUACGAGCACGACGAUUCCGAGACGGAGGAAGACAGUUUUGAGAUCAGGCUUACCGACGGGAAACACAGCGUGGAGAAGACUGUGAUGAUCAUGGUCAUUGUGCUGGACGACGAGACCCCGAGAAUGUCCAUCAACGAUGGGCUGGAAAUUGAGAUGGGAGACACCAAGCCAAUCACGAACACCAUUCUCAAAGCCACUGACUUGGAUUCCGAUGACAAAACACUCACCUACAUUAUACGUUACGGACCAGGUCAAGGACUCUUGCAGCAUCUGCUGCCUUCAGGCAACUUUGGAAACAUCACGUUGGGGAUGAACUUCACCCAGGAUGAUAUCGACAGGAACCUGAUCCAGUACGUGCACACCGGGCAAGAGGGCAUCAGGGACCUCAUCAAAUUUGACGUGACGGACGGCAUCAACCCGCUCAUUGACCGCUACUUCUAUGUCUCUGUCGGCGGCAUUGACAUGAUCUUCCCUGACGUGGUGAGCAAAGGGGUAUCUCUGAAGGAAGGUGGAAAGGUUACCCUCACGACUGAUCUGCUCAGCACCAGUGACCUGAACAGCCCCGACGAAAAUCUGCUGUUCAGCAUCACCCGGGCACCCAUCCGUGGCCAUUUGGAGUGCACGGACAGCCCUGGCAUGCCCAUCAACACCUUCACACAGCUACAACUAGCUGGAAACAAGGUCUACUACAUCCACACGUCUGAGGAUGAGGUAAAAAUGGACAGCUUUGAGUUUGAAGUGACCGACGGCUAUAACCCCGUGUUCCGUACCUUCAGAGUGUCCAUCAGCGAUGUGGACAACAAGAAGCCCGUGCUCACAGUGCAUGAGCUGCAGGUGAACGAGGGAGAGGUGAAACUCAUCACACCCUUCGAACUGACGGUGGAGGAUCGGGACACACCUGACUACCUGCUGCGCUUCACGGUGACCCAAGUCCCUGUCCACGGGCAGCUGCUGUACAACGGCACCAGGCCGGUCAUGGCAUUCACCAAACAGGACCUGAACGAGAACCUAAUCAGCUACAGACACGACGGCACGGAGUCCACCGAGGACAGCUUCUCCUUCUCGGUGACCGACGGCACACACACCGACUUCUACGUCUUCCCAGACACCGUGUUCGAGACCCGCAGGCCUCAAAUGAUGACUAUCCGGAUCGUGUCAGUGGACAACGGGGUGCCUCAGAUCGUUGUGAACAAAGGUGCCCCCACUCUGCGCAUCCUCACCACCGGCCACUUGGGCUUUGUGAUAACAGGCAAAGCGCUGAAGGCUGAAGACCGUGACAGCGUCCACAACUACUUAAGCUUCAGGAUCACAGAGGGUCCUGACCAUGGGCACAUUAUCAACUUGGCCAAAGGCAAUGACAGCAUUACUGGAUUCACUCAAGGUGAAAUUGAUGACAUGAAGAUCUGCUAUGUGUUGAGAGAUGGGGACAAUGCCACCAAUGACAUAUUCCACUUCACAGUUGAAGACAGAGGUGGGAAUACGCUAAAGAAUCAGCUCUUCCGCCUGAACUGGGCCUGGAUCUCUCUGGAGAAGGAAUACUUCCUGGUGGAUGAGAAGUCCAAGUACCUGGAGGUCAUUCUGAACCGCAGAGGCUACCUGGGGGAAACGUCCUUGUUGGUAAGCAUCGGUACAAAGGAUGGCACAGCUGAGAAGGAUAAGGAUUUCAGGGGAAAAUCCCAGAAACAGGUGCAGUUCAAUCCAGGUCAGACCACAGCCACAUGGAGAGUCCACAUUCUGACGGAUAGUGAAUACGAGGAGACGGAAACAUUCCAGAUUGUUCUGUCUGAGCCAGUCAUGGGAGCGCUCGAAUUUCCAGAGAUCGCAACUGUGGAGAUCGUUGACCCCGGCGAUGAGUCGACUGUCUUUAUUCCUCAGUCUUCCUACACCAUUGAGGAAGAUGCUGGCGAGCUCCUGAUACCGAUCAGGAGGACAGGAGAUGUGAGCCAGGAGCUCAUGAUUCUCUGCUACACACAUCAAGGCACUGCCACUGGGACCAUCCCAACCACUGUGCUGUCCUAUUCUGACUACAUUACCCGGUCUGAGGAUCACAACAGUGUCAUUCGCUUUGACAAGGAUGAAACAGAGAAAUUCUGCCGCGUUGUCAUCAUUGACGACUCCCUCUAUGAAAACGAGGAGACUUUCAACAUCACCCUGAGCAUGCCCAUGGGGGGCAAAAUAGGAGAAUUCCCUUCCGCUCAGAUUAUUAUCCUGCCAGAUGCAAACGACGAGCCAGCCUUUUACUUUGGAAACAUGGAAUAUCAAGUGGACGAAAGUGACGGAUACGUGGAGGUGCAGGUCUGGAGAACAGGAACCGAUCUGUCCAAGACAGCGACGGUAACCAUCCGGUCACGCAAAACCGAGCCAGUGUCGGCUGAAGCCGGUGUGGAUUACGUAGGCAUCAGCCGCAACUUGGAUUUCGCCCCAGGUGUGAACAUGCAGAUCUUCCGUGUGACCAUUCUGGAUGACCUGGGCCAGCCGGUGCUGGAAGGGCCCGAGAGGUUCGAGCUGGUUCUCCGCAUGCCCAUGAACGCCAUUCUCGGGGUGCCCAGCAGAGUCACCGUAGUCAUUAACGACUCCGUCUCUGACUUACCGAAGGUGCAGUUCAAAGACACUCUGUAUGUGGGGAACGAGAAGGAUGGACGGGUCACAGCGGUGGUCUAUAGAAGUGGUGACAUCAGCUACAAAUCCACCGUGCGGUGCUACACGCGUCAGGGCUCAGCCCAGGUCAUGAUGGAUUUCGACGAGCGUCCAAACACAGAUGAGUCCAUCAUUACGUUCCUUCCAGAUGAGAUCGAGAAGCCCUGCUCUGUGACAUUAAACGACGACACGAUUCAUGAGGACGAGGAGGAGCUGAGGCUGGUCUUGGGGACACCCCAGAGCGAGUCACCAUUCGGCGCUUCCAUCGGCGAACAGAACGAGACGCUGAUAAAGAUCAAAGACCACGCAGACAAGGCCAUCAUUAGGUUUGGAGAGACCAAAUUCAGCAUCGGCGAGCCCAAAGAGCCGGGCCUCAUCGCAGUCGUGAAAAUCCCAGUUCUUCGGCUGGGGGACACUUCAAAGGUUUCUGUCGUGCGAGUCCACACAAAGGACGGUUCGGCCAUCUCCGGGGAAGACUACAAUCCCUUGUCAGAAGAAAUUGAAUUUAAAGAGGGUCAAACUGAGCACAUUGUGGAGGUUGAGGUGCUGUACGACGGCGUGAGAGAGAUGCGAGAGGCCUUCACCAUCCAUCUGAAGCCUGAUGAGAACAUGGUGGCGGAAACCCAGAUGAGUAAAGCGAUCGUGUACAUCGAGGAGAUGAACAGCAUGGCUGACGUGACAUUCCCAUCCAUUCCUCAAGUUGUCUCGCUGCUUAUAUAUGAUGACACCUCCAGAGCUAAAGAAACACCUUACCCGGAGGCAGGCUACCCUGUCGUCUGCGUCACAGCCUGCAACCCUAAGUAUGCUGAUUAUGACAAGACAGGCUCAAUCUGUAGCAGUGAGCACAUCAACGACACCCUAACUCGCUACCGUUGGCUGGUGAGCGCCCCCACUGGGCCUGACGGGGUGACCAGCCCCAUGAGGGAGGUGGACUCCAACACUUUCUUCACCUCGUCCAAGAUCAUUACCCUGGACUCCAUCUACUUCCAGGCUGGCUCUCGGGUGCAAUGUGCGGCCCGUGCCGUCAACUCCAAUGGAGACGAAGGGCUGGAACUGACGAGCCCUAUUGUGUCUGUAAGCGUUCAGGAAGGUCUGUGCCAGCCCAGGGUACAAGGAGCAGUCGGAGCUGAGCCUUUCUCUGCGAAACUGCGUUACACAGGACCCGAAGACCCCGACCACCCCAAUCUCAUCAAAGUGACUGUAACAAUGCCUCACAUCGAUGGUAUGCUCCCCAUUGUCUCCACCCGACAGCUGUCAAACUUUGAGCUGACUCUCAGUCCCGACGGCACGCGGGUUGGAAACCACAGAUGUUCGAACCUUCUGGACUACAAUGAAGUGAAGACUCGCUACGGCUUCCUGUCGGACUCCACCAAGAACCCGGAGGUGAUUGGCGAGACGUCCCCGUACCAGUACAGUUCAGCCUUACGCAGCUCCUCCACCCUCCGCUUCUACCGCAACUUGAACCUGGAAGCCUGUCUGUGGGAGUUCGUCAGCUUCUACGACAUGUCUGAGCUGCUCACAGACUGUGGGGGCACCAUUGGCACUGAUGGACAGGUUUUGAACCUGGUGCAGUCCUACGUGACCCUGCGAGUGCCUCUCUACGUCUCCUAUGUGUUCCACUCCCCGGUGGGUGUUGGAGGGUGGCAGCAUUUUGACCUCCAGUCAGAGCUUCGCUUGACGUUUGUGUACGACACUGCCAUCUUGUGGCGCGAUGGUAUCGGGAGCCCCCCGGAGGCAGAACUGCAGGGUGCCCUUUACCCGACCAGCAUGCGGAUUAACAACGAGGGGCGUUUGGUGGUGAAUUUCCGGACUGACGCUCGCUUCCGGGGCCUCUUCGUGAUGUCACAUCCUGCGUCGCAGCUCAGCUCCAUGGUCAUGUCGGCUGACCAUCCAGGCCUGACCUUUACCCUCAGUUUGGUGCGCAGUGAACACACCUACAACCAUCCUGAGCAGCAGUGGAGCUUCGUCUCUGAUUUUGCCGUACGAGAUUACUCGGGGACAUACACUGUGAAGCUGAUUCCCUGCACCUCUGCUCCGAGCCAGGAGUACACCAUACCUUCCGUCUGUAAUCCCAGAGAGCCCAUAACCUUUGAUCUCGACAUCAGAUUCCAACAGGUGAGUGAUCCCGUAGCUGCCGAGUUCAGUCUGAACACUCAGAUGUUCCUGCUGAACAAGAAGGCUUUGUGGCUGUCUGACGGCUCCAUGGGAUUUGGGGAAGGCAGUGAUAUCGCAUUCAUAGAAGGAUCCAUUGUGUACGGUCGGGUGAUGGUCGAUCCCGUGCAAAACUUGGGAGAUUCUUUCAUCUGUAACAUUGAGAAAGUAUUCCUGUGUACUGGAGCUGAUGGCUAUGUACCCAAGUAUAACCCGAUCAAUACUGAAUACGGAUGCCUGGCCGACUCGCAUUCUCUCCUCUACCGGUUCAAGAUCCUGGACAAGGCUCAGCCUGAGACACAGGACUCACUGUUUGGCAGUGUUCCCUUCAAUGCCAAACUGGCGAUAGAUGAUUCUGAAGCCCUCUCGCUAGCCAAACAGCCCGGCUCUGAUGGUUUCCGCGUGGAUUCUUCCCCCCUCUUCCAGGUCACUGCUGGUCGGGAGUGGUAUAUCCACACCAUCUACACUUUGCGGUCUAGAGAAAGCGCUAACAGAGGCAUUGGGAAGAGGAGUGUGGAGUAUCAUUCACUUUCUCACACUGGAGAGCUCAGCGCUUCACGUCACAGGCGAGCUGUCGAGGAGACUCCCUUACUGACUGAGGAGAUCGGCGUGGAAAACAACAGAGGGACCAACAUCCAGCACAUCACCUUGGACCGCAACAACAGGAGGCAGGUUCAGGAAAGGGAAUACUUCCCUGAAGGAUCUGUAGCCAAGUCUCCCAACGGCCACGAGGAAGGAGACAGCAACAUCCCUGUCAUUGGAGGCAUUGCUGCCCUGUUGCUCGCCAUUUGCCUCAUCAUCAUCAUCCUCCUCUUGCUGAAGCGCAAGAAGCAGUCCGAGAAGAAGGGAGACUACAAGAAAACGCCCAGCAAUGAAGCCAUGACGGCUCAAAGGUACCACAGUGACAGCUCCGAGGUCUGAUCGAUCGCCAGCAAGUGACAUUUUAACCAUACUCCGAAGUGCCUGAGAGGACUUGAGCCGUGCCUUAUUACGAACAGCAGAACAUUAUUUAUCCAAUACCUGUUGUCACUUGACGCCAGCUGUACUUGAACAUUUGGUUUCUGAGCAUUGCACCAUCACAGUCACAGAAACCCAGUCAAUGGGUCUUGAGUGUUGCCUCUCACACCGGAUUCGGAACGUGAUGUGGAAUGCAUUGCACACCUGGAGACACUGUGCAGAAUACAUAACUGGUGUGAUGGGGCGGGAGGGAGGGGGAAGCAGAGGGGAAACCUUUAUUCUCAAAUAACUUUCCCAUAUCGGGAUAAAGAGGACAACCAUAUCCAAAGGUGCUAAUUUCUCCUCUCUGACUGAAGAGGACCUUUAAUAACUUAUGUAGAUGAUAAUGUAAAGACACAGGGUGCAAUGAUUAUGAAGUGGAAUGAAUUGUCAUUUGCUCUUAAAUUCUGUUUCUUCCAAGCCACAUUUUAUCUGUGACCAGUUUUGCGGAGCAAGGAUUGUACAGUCAAGACACCAUUCACAGAGUGCCUCAUUCAUGAAGACCUCAAGUAACUUUAUGUGGGCAGAACGGGCUGAUUGCCCACCUUCUGCCCUGUAAUUUCUACCGUUCAAUGAGGUACAUCAAUAAAAUGUGGCACAGUUUCACUCACAAGUCACCCCUUAGAGAGGUAUAUGGCAAAACAACGGGAGUAAAUAACUUUUUAUUUUACUGUUAACUUUAUAAUCAUUGCGCUUCGUGGGAUAAACCUUUUUUUAUAUAUAUUAUAUUAAAAAAAGAGAAAAAAAUUAGGCUUUUGUUAAAUUGUAGUAGUUCGGUCUGUCUGGGAAUCUUGAGGUGAUUUGACUGGUACACCUGUGGUGUGUAUGUUAUCCACAUGGUGUUUUCUGUAGUAUUCUUGUAUGAAAUUCUUGUACAGGUUCAGCUACUCUGUUUGGUCUUAGCUCUAGCCUGUAUGACUGCAGAGGCCUAUCUAUUAACCACAUGUACGUGUGCUGCUGUGCCCUGUCUUGCUUGAGGGGGCGGCAGGAGGUGGGUGUAAAUGUUUGACGGGAUAGUUCGGACCCUCUCUUAGGAUGUGACGGCUUAUCUUUUUGUUAAGAAAGGAAAAAAGAAAAGAAAAUCACCACAUGCAAUGUUUUUUUUAUAUCUAUAUAUAAUAGGAAGCGGAGUAAACUUGUAUUAGGUUUUUAAAAGAAAGUCUGCUCCUGACUAGCAGAAUAACUUUAGAUCCAAGUAAUCUCCACACUGAAAGUAACAUCGGGCUAAUAAUUAGGCCUCACACACUGGGUUUGUAUGAUCACCAUGCACACUCAGUUCUCUGUGUGCGUCUCCAGGGGUGAUAUGUAGGUUAUUAGACUGACAUUUUGGACAAGUUUUGCAACUGAAUGCUUUAAAGUGCCCGACUGGUUUAUGAACACCAGCAGGGCCUGAGGUCACUAGGUGCUCUGUAUAUAAACGACAUGAAACAAAAGCUGAAAUUGUUCUCUGCUUGCUCGCUCCCUCACUCGGUGACAUUUAGUUAGUUUUUCAUUGCAAUUCUGCUCUUGGAUUUUUGUUUCUCUUUCAGAUAAGCCUGUAUGUUUUCAAUUUCAUCUGUGUAGUUCUUUGUGUAAUGUGUCAAACCAGCCCACUUGACGUGAGCAAACUAUGCAAUCCGGGGUAUAAGCCUUUGUCUAAUUGUAAAUUGGUUAUUCAAUGUAUUUUGUUACAACUUCAGUGCCUCUGAGCCAGAGUGUUCUGGUGGCCUGUUUCACCAGUGAGUGGGUUUAAGUGCUGUGGUUCAAAUGGUUUUACGGUGGGAUAUUUGCCUUUACAACCAUGUGGGGAGAGACCAGAUUUCAUAUUAUUGGGUCACAGGCCAACAAAGCACAGCAUUGAUACCCAGCAAUAAAGUGAGCCACACUCACUCUCUGUCAACCGUGCCAAACCUGCAGUUAAUGCCCUGUCAUUGUAGCCCCUUUCUUGUGUUUUUUUAAUAAUGUGUUCGUAUCGCAUUCAAAUAAAAUAUUCUUUAUCCC